CUGCAACAGUUUAUAGAACAUUCAUCAGCUUCGCCGUGUGAUGCGCAGACGCCUUUCCUUUUUCCCGGAGCCACUGGUGUCGGAGAUGCUCGUAAUAUUUUUUAUGAACAGCAACUGGCGCGAAAGGAAAAAGACAUCACGGAGCUGAGAAAUGCUGUGCACGUGGCGGAAUUGAACGUUCGUGACAUUCAACAGGCAUCACUCACUAAAGAUCUUCAACAUUUUGAAAUGGUGGAAAAGUUGAAAGAUGAAAUUAGAAUUUUAGAAGGUUGGCUUUUCGAUUAG